AUGAGGUCUCUCGCAGUAUCGGGUCUAUGUCUAUUUGUUAUUUUCAGAUUCUCGCACCGCCAAUACGGCCAAUCUGAUUCGGUGGAUGACGGUGAUAUAUGUCUCGAGAGACUUGCAGGUGACCUGCUCUCUGAAUGGUUUGGUAUUGAAAUCAACAGUCUCGAGCGGCCAAUCAGAGUGCUACACUGCCUCGAGCAAGUCAAAGGCCAGAUGGCUGCUGUUGUGGAGGAAGAAGGACAUGUGCUUGCUGAAGAUAGGACUGAGUAUCCGGAAACGGAUGACAUGCUUGAUGUUGAUGCUGCUGAUGACCAACCCUACAGUGGAGGAAAUCCCAGCCAAUUUGCACCUCACCGACACUCACAAGGCGGCGAAGCAAGUGGUCAAUCGGGAACAAACAAGAAGCGGCUCAACAACGGCGACCUUAAAUCGUCAAUACCAUCUGGGCUCAAGGCGACAACGAGAUAUCCCAAGAAAAAACGUCGCACUGGACUCAACCUUAGCUGUCCCUAUAGAAAGCGUGACCCUUGUCGCUUCAAUGCGCAGCAGUACGAACGGUGCGCCCUCAGAUGA